UAGGUGCUAGUGAAUGCGGUGCAGCGACGUAUGUGCUGCCGACAGCGGGAGACACGAAGCCGCUUGUAGCCUUUUCUUCUGUCGACUGUUCAACCUGUACGACUGUCAAAUUAUUCAGCGGUAUAAUAGUGUAGAUAAGCUGUAUAAACGUGACUCUUCAUAAUGCCACGGGGCGGGAAAAAGGGCCACAAGGGCAGAGGAAAGCAGUUCAGCAAUCCUGAGGAGAUUGACCGACAGAUGAAAGCACAGAGAGAGCUGGAGGCAAAUGCUGGUGUAGAGAAGGAGAGCUCUGAGGAUUCAGAGGAAGAGAGCAGCAGUGAUGAAGAAUCUGAGUCCAAGAGGAGGAGCGGAGUGGAGGGGCUUAUAGAAAUUGAGAAUCCCAACCGUGUGUCUCAGAAGAGCAAGAAGGUGUCUGAAGUAGACGUCUCCGCUCCCAGAGAGCUGUCCCGCAGAGAGAGAGAAGAGAUAGAGAAGCAGAAAUCAAAAGAACGCUACAUGAAGCUCCAUCUUGAGGGGAAGACUGAUCAGGCCAAGGCUGACCUGGCCAGACUCGCCAUCAUCAAGAAACAGAGGGAGGAUGCUGCCAAGAAGAGAGACGAACUCAGGAAAGAAAAAGAAGCCGAAGAAGCCAAAGCAAAGCGCUAGUCCUCCACUUCAAGGCUUCAACAUGCACAUCAGUCUCAGAGUGAUGGAGAAAGAUGGGAAUAAGGAGAUCUGGAGAACAUGGAGGGAACCAAUACGAGUGGCGUCAGAUCAGGGGUGCUCCUGAGCUCCUGUCCCUCAUUUUAAAUCAGAGGGGCGUGGGUCUUCAUGACGGUGUGGUCAGGACAGGGAAAACGGGUGAAGCAAAGCAAGAUGAAGAGGAAUGCAACAUUUGGGAUGCCUCUGAUUUUGUUUAAAAUUCCUCUCGAAGUUUCAAGAGGAGACAAUCGCAGGUUUUCCAAGUGCUUCAGAGCCUCUUUACUCUUAAUCACCCACCAGGGUUUUAAUUCUAAAGCUGCUGAAGUUAUUUCCAUUCCUUUUGAUUCAUACAUUUUUACAAGGUUACUUAUUACAAGUUUACUUAUUGACUGAACAGGUAUCACAAGGAGCGUGCAUGAGGAUUUUUCUUGGGUGCUUUACUUUUUCUUCUAUCUAUCCUGUUUUUGUAAAAAGGCAAACCAGAGACAGAUGGAGAAAAGAACAAUAUUUAGAAGAUAAACUGAUAUAUAGGAAAUAUACGAUGUAGAUUAGUAUUUUGUUCUGGAUUAAAAAUGGCAUGCGGCACCGCAGCUACAUCUUUCAUGAAUGUAGUUGUGUGGAUAUAAGAUAUUGGUAUACAUUUCUAAAGAUUUUCUUUACACACCAUCGAAAAAUAAUUUGAAUGUUCGGCUUUUCCCACCACUUUAUCUUUGUCUCAGUGUAGGUAUUGCCUUAUUUUCAGCCCCCUUUUUUUGAAUUGGCAAUUUACAGAGUAGGAAGACGUAGCUGUCCUACCUACCACAACACAUGUAGAAAGUAGUAAAUGUUUAGUUUGUUUUGGUGUCUCAAAUUUACACUUUUCUCCCUAGAAUCCACUUAUUGCUGUCAGUUCAAGUGUAUUUCAAAAUGUGUCUUGUAGUCCUUUGCUUAAAGCAUCAUGAAUAUUACUUGAAUUGCCUAAAAUAAGCAUUUGGGGUUAUUUUUAAGUUGUCAAACCUCAGUGUUGGAAAGCAUUGUCUCCAACUGCCUCAGUAACUGUGGUCUUGGCCUGUUUCUGAUGGGAUCCUCUGUGGUUCUGAAGGAGGGAUUGUGUCUUUUGUUGCCUUGUCAAAGUUUACACAAGACCAGUUCACUGUCUUUCUCCUGUACUAGAGCUUUUUCACAGCAGGCAUAUUGACAUGUCAUAGCAGUAAAGGCACAGCUGUAAUUAAUAACAUGAACGAUUGCAGCGUGACAUUAUGGUGUUGCAGUUCCAGAGCCAUGCUGCUGUGCAUGUUUGCUUGCUAAUAUUCAUUUCAUGUUCUUAGUUCCACCUGCGCAUUUCCUGCCUUGACAAGUCAAAAUGUCUGCUGUGAAAAAGGACAAUUAGAGUGCUACAAAAAGCCUACACCUGAGUUAAUUUAUUAGGUACACUUAGAAUCUAAUGCUAUCCAGCACAUCAGCACCACUAAAUGCAGUUUCCACAAUGAUCACAGACAGCUCAACUCCUCUCUGAUGGUAUAAAGUAAAACUGAACAUGAUAAACUUCACAAAAAUUGGAUUUACAGCAGAGCAUUUGUAUGGUUUAGACUGCACAGGUGUACAUAAUAUACUGGUAACUCAGCAUGUGGUGGAUUAGGAAAUUCCAGGAAAGCAGUAUUCCCUAUAAUAUGGAAGUAGUUCAAAGAACAAACUGUUGAAACCACAAAGUGUGAGAAAUGUAGCCACAACAUACAAAUGAAUUCCUAAGUUUUCCAUCAUGUAUUUGAAGUCAUUUUUAAAAAUAAAUUCAUUAAUAGACAAA